CCAGUGCAGAUAUACGUGCAAUUACCCUGUCAACAGUGCUUAAAAUCUCACCGGUUCGUGUGCCGCUCUUGGUGACCGUGCACGGGUUGUGACGCGCACGCGGUGUGAUCGAUAAUCCUCUCGACGACGAGCCGCCGUCGAUCGUCGACGCGUCGUGUGGCAGGAGGGGGGAACGACGGAAGGAGCAGCGAAAAAAGAGAGGAGCCCGUUGGGGGGGCGACCGGGAAAAGUUUUUCGCGAGGACACGCGGCACGCGCGAGGUAAAUUGCGACGCGCCUACGGCGAUUCGAAUUCGACCGUUGUCGCGUCUGAACAUCGGCGCGAAGUUUGUCGUGAAUCGACGUCUCUCUCUCUCUCUCUCUCGGACGGCGAAGGGUCCCGUCCCGCGGCGCGCGUCAGGUCAGUCCGGCUGCAGCGCGCGACACGGGCGGUAACGUUUCGGGGACGUCGUCGUCGUACUCGUCGUUGCGUCCCGGUGCGCUCGAGGAAGAGGAAGCAGCAGCGUGCCACGUUACCCGCGGGCAGAUGUGGUGCCGGGUUAGUUUCGCAUGGUUCCGUUCACGCGUUCACCUGACUGCCUAACCCGCGAGUGGUGAUAUCUCUUCCCAAGUGUGUCUCUGUGUGAGUCCGGCGAGCCCCCGAGUCACCAUUGGCCGAAGGAGUUCUCCGUACGCGCCGUCGAGAUGAAGAUGUACCACCUGUGGCUAGAGGCGGUCGUCGCUCUCCUGGCGAUAACAGGUGCGAACUGCCUGCGGGAGGUCAGCCUAGAGGUGGUUCCGGAGGUGGUGCAACGUGGCGAGAAGGUGAUUCUGCGAUGCCAUUAUGAUUUGGAGAAUGCGCCACUCUACUCCCUCAAGUGGUACCGGGGCAGGCAUGAGUUCUACCGAUUCUCGCCCACCGAGGAGCCAUCUACCAAGAUCUUCAACAUUUCCGGAAUUUAUGUUGACCUCGACAACUCGAACAAGAGCCAGGUAACGCUUCGCAAUGUCGACUUUGGCCUCUCGGGUACAUUCAUCUGCGAAGUUACGGCAGACGCGCCGACCUUCUCCACGGCCUCCGCCUUCAAGAAUCUCACCGUAGUAUUUCUGCCCCGUGAAGAGCCCGUUAUCGUAUCGGAACGCGAUCGCUACGACCCAGGCGAUAUGUUGAGGGCAAAUUGCAGCCUGCCGCCCUCGAAGCCGCCGGUUCACCUCUCAUUCACGCUGAACAGCAUGCCGGUGGAGGCGACCGCGAGGCAACAGCGGACGAAGGACGACGAAUGGGGGAUGCAGUGGAGCGAGAUCAGUCUUACCCUUCGACCGUUCCAUUACACAAACGGCCGUUUGAACUUACGUUGCACCGCCCAGAUACCCGGCAUCUACUCAAGACAGAGCGAACUCCAUCUCCUCUCGGGUAUGCGCGAGCCCGUGCCUGAAAGAGUAACCUCAGAAAACGGAAGCGGAAGCGGCACGCACACCAUGACGUUUGCGACAAUACUCUGCCUGGGCACGCUCCAUCUGCUUCUGAGAUAGUCACGGCACGCCUGAGACCACGAAAGGGGAGUUCACGGGCGUCGCAUGAUAAAUAGCAUACUAGUCAGCGGGAAAAGGGGCUGGAGGAAGAGACGAUGGAGGCUGGGUUUAAGGACCGCGUAUGGACGGCGCAGAAACAAAUAAUAUUGUUAAAUCGAUAUAUGACCGAUAUUUAAGUGUUUCCUUUUGUUUUCUCUUUGUGGAGUUAGGUUACGUUUUUUUCUCUCUCUCUGAACGGGUCAGGAUCGCGACUUCUGCAUGUUUCUCGUUUGCAGUCAUUGACAGCAGCGCGGUGUUAAUUUUCAACUGGUGAAUCAUUUCGAGCACUGCAACUGAUAAACAAAAUCAAAAGGACGCGACGUGUUUAAACAUGUGAUAGUUUUCUCGCGAGAUCGUCGAUUGUUACCGUUAUAUAUUUUACAACCAGCGUCUUUUCUAUAAGAGACGCUCAUUAUUUUAUAAGAUGCGCCGGUACGCACGGAUUGUUUCUCGUUUGUCCUUUCGAUGGUACACGAACGAGCAAGAGACGAUGCGCGCGUUGCCGGUCAAGGGUUAAAGUGAGUCUCCGAACUGGACCGGCGGAGAGGUAGGUAGAUAAUCGGAUAAAGGAUCACCAUAGCUAAAUCCGCCGUUGGGUGACCCGUUGCGACGUGAUUUAUGCGAGGUGAAGAAUCGAGAACGGAAAAGCGUAGCCAAUUAGCUGCGUCCGAUUACUACUGCGACGCUCAAUUUGACGUUUGACAAGUAAUGAACAAAAGGGAUUUGUCGAGAGUAGAGUGACAGCGAGAGAGGAAGGGAAAAGAUAGGACUUUGAAGUCGAUAGCACGUAUACGUCUAUAGGUGCUUGUACAGCUCGUCUCUGAAAGAUUUGCGAUCCUUGCUGUGAGAAAAAGAGUGAGUGAGAGAGUGAGUAUGAGAAAGAGAGAGAGAGAGAGUGUGUGUGUGUGUGUGUGUGUGUGUGUGUGAUGUGUGUGCGCGCGAGAGUGAGAGAGACGUUCUCUUCUGCUACCACUGACGAAAAGAGAGUCAAGCCGUUAGAGAUCGCACAAAGGAAGAGGCACGGAUAAAGCGGUGCGAAAAGUUUUCGCAUACCGGAGAGGGAUAGAGAGCGCGGAACUCUCCCGUUUCGCGAAAUCGUACUCCUCUCUCUCUCGUGCAACAACGCACUCGAUGCGCCCUCGAAUAUCUCGCCGUUACACAAUCGCCAAGGACGGUGAUUCGAGUCCCAUUCGUCCAUUGUCCAAACGCUCCCGGGCUCGGGCGCGUAGGCGGAUCAAUGUCGCCGAAUUUCGAAGCGAAGAGCUCUGAACACGCGCUCGCGGGAUCAGACUACUGCUACAGACUGCUGCUGGCUCUACGGGUUUUUUUUUUCUUCUCUUUUUGUGCCAAGUUCUCUCGUUUUUCGCGUUCUACGUACGAAACCGUGAGAACAAUGUAGUUACCGUUUGCCGCUCCCGCGAAAGAAGAACUCGGCCGAGUUAUAUGUACUUACGCCGAUUGUUAGUGCCCGACUGCGUACGGUUCGCUCUCUAACGAGUUUGCUACUCGCUUAUUUAAUGACGCCGUGCCAAAGAGAGAAAUACCUAGACCGCGGUCUGUUCUAUCUUCCGUAUUUUUUUUUUAAACGCGAUUUUUAAGAUGCGCGUCCCGUUCUCGCUCCGUUGCUUCAACAGUUUCUCUCUUGUUGAAUUCCUUGAGAACGCAACGUUUGAACUGUACGACGCGCGUUUUACCAAUUUCCAACUGCCGCGCCGCCGGAUCCUUGUGUUAAGGCUAUCUGCAGGUAUACGACGUCGUCGAGCAUAUAAGCUGGAGAAAGGCCCCGUUUCGAGAUCGAUUUAUCGAAGGAAAUAGAGGAGGAACCGGCGCGUUGGAAGGAGCGGCACGAACGUUGCGUUUUUCAUCCUCCCACCGCCCACCUUCUCUUUAUUAAACGGACGAUAAACCCUGUGGACGAUUCCGCGCGUCUAUAAGCUGGCUAUAUAACGCGCAGCUUGUUCCUUCAUCCCGAACACAGAAAUCGUCCGUAUUAACCCAUAUCCCACCCUCGGAUAGAACGUCUCUUCCCCUCUUCCUUCCGCUUUCGCUCCCCUCUCCGCGCGCACGCCACAGUAUUUGGCACGCUCCGCGACCGCUUACAAAUCUUUGGCGAAGUAAUACGUAUCGGCGUGAAACUGCACGGAAGGCAUCGCGCGGAACCACGAUCCUUAUUUCUCGUACAAGCGGAUUCGCCGAUUCCUGCUUGGCAAUGCUAAAAUGCGCCAAAUCGCAGGGAUCGAUGUCGGACGUGCUAAUAUUCCGCGCGGAAAUCGGCACUGUCGAUAUUCUCGGGCGAAAUACGUUUUUGAAAGUUGUAAAGUGUUAACUUAUGGCGAUAAUCGUGAAUGUUAAAAGUUUUAAUUUAGAAGCAGAAGCGUCUAGGUACAAUUUUUAAAAAUUCGUGUUAUUAAAGUUUUUUUUAUAGAUAUGUUAUCUUUUAAAUUUAUAUAACUAGAAGAAGUAUUACUUUGUAAAUGAAUGUGUCAAAUACGCUAAUGGAUGUUUUUUUUUUAAUUAAGCUUUACACGCGAAUGGAGUAUAGACAGGACAUUUUUUUAAACAAUCCUUGCGCUCUAAGUUCAUUUUUGUAAGUGGAUAGAUAAGAUAAUUGAUUGAUAGUUUGCCGAUAUCUCUUUAAAGAAGUUACAACUUUUUAAUGUAAGUUAGAAAUAAGAUGAAUAGAAAAAAAAUAUUUUUGUUAAGUCGGAUUUUAAAUUCUAUUUAAGUGUCUUUAGUUUUAAGUCUUUUACAAGUUGUCGUACUAUUGUUUUUUGGGCAUUACAUUUUAGUUAAUGUAAAUACUUAUUUUUACCGAGCAUAAUAAACUGUCGUAUAAACUACCGUUUUUCUGCCAACAAAUUGAGAACAAUACCUCGUUUAUACCAAUAUUUUCAUUUGACUGUUUACUAACAAUUUCUUAAUAUAAAAAAAUAUGUAAUAAUAUUUUUGUCAAUCUAUACAAUUUGUAACAGAAUCUGUGCACGUUAUGCAAACAAAUAUCAAUUGGCCAAAAUUUUUUAACUAUGUGAAAUUUGACAGGGAUGAAAUAACUUCGGACCUGAAAUUUGCGUUUUAUGUUUCUUCAGUAAAUAAUAAAAAAAUCAGACAAAAUUUAAUUACCUGUAAUUGAUCAAUAUUAUUAGAAAUUAGUAAAUAUUAAAUUAUUUGAAUAAAAUUCUUCAAGUGAAUUUAUUCUUGAAUUGAAACUUAAUACAUUAUAACUCUUGAAUACAGAAAAUGCGAGAGGCAUUUAUUUCUUCACAUUUCGCUACUAUAUACACGAAUCCCGUCAAUUAUAAAAUUCUUUCAACUUUUACUUCAGAAAGGUGCGCCCUUUUAAUUACUUAAAUAUAUCCGGUUUUAUCAAGCGUAAAGUAUACACCGCUGCUACGAACAACUGCGGUCUUAUUUGCAGCGCGUUGAAAACAGUACCUCGUUAAAUGCAGACGUUUUCAUUCCCCUGGCAAUUGCGCUCGCAAUCAGAUCGAAGAAUUUCCACGAGCGCGCAUAAAUAUAUCCGCUUGUCGGUGCUCGCCCUCCGUUCUCCAACCUCUCGGCGUCACGGCGCGCCGAGGUGAUACUGCCGUGCGCGCGCGCGCGUACACCUCCUAAAAUUCAUUGCCCGAGUACCGAGUCUAUAGACGAAGCCCACAAUUAACCCGAAUCGAGAUCUCUGCGCUUCUCCGCCGCUAUACAGCUUUCGCCCGACUAUGGGCGAAGUCUUAGAAGGAGCACGGUGAAACGCCCGUGCAAGAGCUCGGAAGUUUGUGCGCGCGCGCGCGCGCGGACAAGCAGAUAGAUCCAACCACUCUCCGUGAGAUAGGGUGUACCGCACCAGGAAACCCCGGGAAGUCCCGGUAUUUGUGUAUCUACCCCUCCGAGUCCGUGUAUAGCGCACGUGUGCGGCUGUUUGCAUGUACGUGCCUCCUUGGCGGCGGUUACGCGCGGCGUCCGCUGGUACGCGCGCACGUCUGUACACCUCAUCGAGGACAAGUACCUUCCUCACACAGACGCGACAAAGGAAACGACGUUUCAGCUAACUGAAACGUCGUCGCCGUAACAAUCACCGUCGUCGGCUAGGCCAUCCCUCGCGCGCCCCCUCCCCGACUCCCCCGGCUCUUCGCCCCCUCAUCGUGUACCGUUUCGCUUUGCUUCUCUGUUUGUCCCCCCCGUUCCCCGGCACACACCUCCGGGGUCGCGCAAGCUCCGCUUCUGUCUGUCGGUCUGUAUCCGUUGAGCCGAUGCUGAGAGCCGGGGCUCUCUCUGCGGUGGAGGAGCGUCGAACCAACGCUUCUCGUGCGGCUGGCUGCUUACGGUACCUAUACUCACGUGGUGCUUUACUCUCGGCAUAGUGCGACUUCAGGAUUGCCGUGGUUGAUUCAAAAUAAACUUUGUUUCGCCGCUCGCUGAUAUCCCACCCUGUGCCUCGCCCCUCGCCCCUCGCCUCACCUCACCUCACCUCGCCUUGCUUUGCUAGGUGGUUGGCGGGGCUUGUACAACCGCGAGGUAUACGCGAUCGCGCUCGUUGCUUACGAAGGCGUUCUUCACCCACUCCUGCUUUGCGCACCUGCUGGAAGUAGCGACAUAAUCAUCGUAACUCGACACUCUCCCCCGCUCGUUUGUUAACGUUGCUAUGGUGCUCGACGUACUUUCUCACGUUUCCAAAUUAGAUAUAUGCGCAUUUGUACAAUGGCAAAUGUCAUAUCGGAUUGUAUCGAUGUUGGCUGCUUCGUUUAAAAUGUCAAGUAAUCGAAUUACUGUUGCAUAUGUUACUUUUAGCGUGCUCUUUAAAGUUUUUUUUAAUACAUAAGUUUGAUAUCCGGAUAAUGUCAUCAAUUUUCAUUCACGCGAAUCUUUAAUCGUAUUGUUGUGAGCCGGAAAUUCGAUCCUCUUGCCCGGUCCUCUAAUUACUUGUCGUAAUUAGUAACAUUAAGAUGAACUCCAUUAAUUUGAUGCAUGAUUCGAUCGUGUGGGACUUUUUGCUGAGUUAGUUAUUGUAUGAUAAUACAUAAAUACGAAGGAAAUUGCAUGCUUUCAGCCGAGAUAGGGACAAGAAAAGCAAGAGCUCAUCCUAUGUUUCUCAUGAAUAAUCUUUCACUUUACAAAGCAUCUUUCCUCAUCGAUGUGAUAAUAGGUAUUCAUAACGUAGCUAUAUAGCAUGCAUCUAUAAAAUUAUAAUUUACGAAUCAUGUAUGUGUAAUAUACUUUUAAUUUCUGCGCAGCAUGUAUAGAUGUAUAUAAAGAUAUAAAAACACAUUCUGUUGUGUCAGAAUAGAUUUAUUCUCAGACGAUACAUAUUUCUUUUUAUUUACAUUUUGCAUUUAUAACUACAAUCUCUUUUUAUAAAAAUAACUACUUCGAGCACAAGCAAACGUUGUAACAGUUUUAUUUGUAUAUUUCUCAGUAUUUUCUUUGAUAAAUAAAAAUAAAAAUAUUUUACUGUAUUUAUAUAUCUCACUAUUAAUUUUAUAAUAUCUUUUGAAUUAUCUGUUUUUCCAAUAUUGUCACAGUUCCUUAAGAAAAAUGACAAAAACAAACUUUUCAAUGUUAAAAAA